AUGUUUUGCUGCAAAAUUAAAAAUACAAUUCAAAGUUCGACUAGAAAUUAUUAGUUGUUGGAUGAGAUAGGGAUGGGAUCAUAUGGAAAAGUAAAGUUGGCAAAGGAUGUCAAGAGUAAAAAGAAAUACGCAAUUAAGUUGAUUGAAAAGCAGAAGAUGGAAGAGUUUCAUGCUGAAAAUAACAUAUUAAGUGAGAUAAGAAUCUAAUCGAAAUUGCAUCAUCCACAUAUAGUGGAGUUGGUGGAAUACUUUGAAGACGAGAAAUUUAUCUAUUUGGUGCAAGAGUAUUGCAGCAAAGGAACUCUUCGAUAGGAGAUUUGCAAGAGAAGAUUGUUGGAAAACGAGAUUUACCACUACAUAUAUUAGUUGAAUGAGGCACUAAUCUACUUACAUCGACAACGAAUCGUCCAUCGUGACUUAAAGUUGGAUAAUAUAUUGUUGGAUGAAAAUGACACCAUCAAAUUGACAGAUUUCAAUUGGGCCACCAAGAUCACUAGUUACGCAGCUGAACCUACGAAUUGUGGAACAACUCAUUAUAUGCCUCCUGAGAUUGUAUUGUUGCAACCACAUACUGAAAAAGUCGAUAGUUGGUCCUUAGGAAUUAUCAUUUUUGAAUUGGUAUUUUAACAUCGACCCUUUGAAGGCUUGACCCAGGAGGAGUUGCAAAAACAAAUCAUUUAUCACAACCCACUCACAGAUUGCAAGUCGAUACCAACUGAUUUGAUCAUGUUACUUAAUUGUCUACUCACCAAGAAUCCCAUCUAUAGAUUGAACUGUGAAUAGGUGAAACUCAGUCAGUGGUUCCAGAGACAACAUCACAAUUCAUUUUUAUAAGCAGACGAAUCCGUCAACCUUACUAAUAUCACUUAUAAUAAGAAUGACAAUAUUUGA